CAAAACCCUAAUUGCAGAGGAAGGGCCCCUUUCGUGAACAUCUGGAAUUUGUUACAACCGCCGCGAAACACGUGUCCCUGGCCUUUUCUUUGGCUUUCCAUUUUUCAACUAAUAUUCAUUUUCUUUCUCGUCAUCACCAAAGCAAGUCGUCUUCUACGCCAUUAAAGGAAUAAUCUCGAGCUUCAAAGUUCAAACACACAAUUCCUUUUGAUUCCUUCAUUCUGUAGCCUCCUCUGACGUCUGAACCUACUUUCAGUUUCAGAAUACGAAUUUAGCACAUGCAAUCCCAAAAUCUGCCUUGAAUUCCUAUCACGUUUCCUGAAUUUUUCUCGAUUGGUGAAGAUUGUCUGUGCUUGCCUUCUCCGAUGGUGGGCUGAUCGAUUGCUGGUCCCAGCAACAUAAUCUGGAGCUUUGAAGGCGGUGAUGCCGUCGGGCAUGGGAGCUACCGGCGGCGAGGGUGGUGCGGAGGAGACCUCGCCGGAUAUGCUGAAGAACACGCCCUCGAAUAUACGGAGGUUGGUCAACGAGAUUGAGCAAUGUGAGGGCCGGCAGAAGUAUCUUGCCCACACACGGAGCCCCUCGGACGGAGGUGAUGUUCGCUGGUACUUUUGCAAGGUUCCUCUGGGAGUAAAUGUUUGUUUGGUAUAUGGUGAUAAUAGCUUAUUUCGGAUGGUGAAACGACUUAAACCAGAUAUGAAAGGUUCUUUUGUGGUUGUUCUGUUGAGUGGUUGUUCUGUUGAAAGUGAGGUAGCUGCAUCAGUACCUCGAACUGAAAUCGUGGGGAAAGGUGAUUAUUUUAGAUUUGGUAUGAGAGACUCUUUAGCAAUAGAGGCUUCUUUCUUGCAGAGAGAGGAUGAGCUACUAUCUAGCUGGUGGAAAGAGUACGCAGAAUGUAGUGAAGGCCCAAAGGGGCAGCUUAUCAUCAAAUCCAAUUCAAACCAACAGUUGUCUUCAGAGAAUCCUCAGCUAUUCACUGAUGAAGAAGAGAGAGUCGGUGUCCCUGUAAAAGGAGGGCUGUAUGAGGUAGACUUGGUGAAGAGGCACUGUUUUCCUGUUUACUGGACUGGAGAGAACAGGCGGGUGUUACGAGGGCACUGGUUUGCUCGAAAAGGUGGCCUUGAUUGGCUUCCUCUGCGUGAAGACGUUUCUGAGCAAUUGGAAUAUGCAUACCGAAGUCAGAUUUGGCAUAGAAGGACCUUUCAAGCGUCAGGUCUCUUUGCCGCUCGUGUGGAUUUACAAGGCUCGACAGCAGGACUGCAUGCUCUUUUCACAGGGGAAGAUGAUACAUGGGAAGCCUGGCUAAGCUAUGAUGCUUCUGGGAUAUCUAGUGUUUUAAGCAUUGGGAGGAAUGGCAUUAAGUUGAGACGUGGAUAUGCUCCAUCUCAAUCAAAGAAGUUAACACAGGAUGAAUUGCGUCAACGGCAGGAGGAGGAAAUGGAUGAUUACUGUUCACAGGUUCCUGUUCGGCACUUAGUAUUCAUGGUUCAUGGUAUUGGUCAAAGGUUGGAAAAGUCCAAUUUGGUGGAUGAUGUUGGGAAUUUUCGCCAGUUAACAGCAAAUCUCGCCGAACGACACCUCACUUCGUAUCAACGAGGCACUCAGAGGGUUCUUUACAUUCCAUGCCAGUGGAGAAAGGGCUUGAGACUUAGUGGUGAAGCUGCAGUUGAAAAAAUCACUUUAGAUGGUGUGAGAGGGUUGCGUACCAUGUUGAGUGCAACAGUUCAUGAUGUCUUAUAUUACAUGAGCCCCAUCUAUUGUCAGGAUAUCAUUGAUUCAUUUUCCACUAGCGUUCAACGUGCCAAGUCAGUUUCUGUAAACGCAGUAUCCUUGGCUGUUCCAUCUUUACGCGUAUCUACCCAACUUAACAGAUUAUAUCUGAAGUUUCUUAAGAGAAACCCUGGUUAUGAUGGAAAGGUUUCCAUAUAUGGUCACUCCUUGGGAAGUGUUCUAUCAUAUGACAUCCUUUGUCAUCAAGAAACUCUUUAUUCACCUUUUCCAAUGGAAUGGUUAUACAACGAACACAACAGAAGUGUGGUGUCUUGUCCUGCAACCAAUAACUUAUCAUCGGGCGGUAAUCUUAUUUCGACUCCUGGGGACCACAGUAUGGUGAACAAUGAAGUGGAUAGCAUAGUUAGCCAUGCAGACAACCCGGAGUUACUUGAGGAAAGAGUUUAUGGAACUUAUAACCAAUUGGGUCCACCUGCAGUAUCCGAGUCAGAGGAAUCAACUACCAUUGAUACUGGCUACCAGCAGAUAAUUGAUGCCUCAUCAGAUGAAAAGUGCAUAACUUUCGAUAAUAUAAAUCAGAUAAACAAUGUGAUGAAUGAUGGCAAUAACAUUAACAAUGAGGUUGUAGCAUGUGAUGACACUAAAGAUUGUAAGGAUGUCUCUGAUAGCAACAAGGACGAGAUUAUCAAGUCAUUGAGGGAAGAGAUAGAUAUGUUAAAAGCUAAAAUCAAAGAGUUUGAAGCUGAAUGUGCAGACGAAGUGAAUGCUAUGAAGAGCGCAACGGCAGUGAACCAAUAUGAAGCUAAUAGUGUUCGGCCUGGCAGUAGAGAUAACUUGAUGACUUAUACUCCACUAAUAAGAUACACAAAGUUAGAAUUCAAGGUUGACACAUUCUUUGCUGUGGGGUCACCCUUGGGAGUCUUUCUAUCCGUCCGCAAUAUUCGUAUAGGCAUUGGCAAGGGGAAAGAUUAUUGGGAAGAAGAAAAUAUAAAUGAAGAAAUGCCAGCAUGUCGUAAGAUGUUCAACAUCUUUCACCCUUUUGAUCCUGUGGCAUAUAGGAUCGAACCCCUUAUCUGUAAAGAAUUUAUACACAAGCGUCCCGUCAUUGUUCCUUACCACAGAGGUGGAAAGCGGCUUUAUGUCGGGUUUCAGGAAUUUAAAGAAGGGGUAGCUGCACGUUCUCAGGCUUUCAAAGAUAAUUUGAGUACUGUUAAGGUGCUGACAAUAUGUGAAUCGAGACGCAAUGAUGACCAAGCCGAGGAACCUGAAGAUUCCCAUGAAAAAGAAGAGAGAUCAUAUGGUUCUGUCAUGAUGGAGAGACUCACAGGGAGUGUAGACGGGCGAAUUGAUCAUGUAUUACAAGAUAAAACUUUUCGACAUCAGUACUUAUCAGCUAUCGGGUCACAUACAAACUACUGGAGAGAUCACGAUACUGCCCUGUUCAUUUUGAAGCACUUGUAUCGUGAAAUAGAAGAUCAUGAACCAACCUCACCAAACGAGCAACCUGAAGGCAGCUCUAAGGGUGAAAGUAGCUCGGGAAGGUGGUCCGACCCUAAUGAUUUGGCCGAUGAAGAACUUCCAUUGACCUUUGCCAACAGCGUAUCCAUUAAAAACUUCUCGUAUAAAGCUAGACAAGCAAUGACGAGAUAAUGUUAUCCUCGUUUGACAUAGUAUACUGCUUACAACAAGCUCAAUUUCAACAGCAAAAUCGAGCUUUGUCGCAAUCGUUUCCUUCGAACUUGGGAGGUAUUUAGCGGCAUUUUUUUUUCGAUCGGCUAGCUGUAGUUGUAACUAAUGGUGACUUGGACUUGCUGUCAUAGAGAUCUGAUGUCUUUGAACUAAUGUGGGAAAUAUAAUGAUGGUGAAAAAAAUUGCAAGAGAAGACAGUAGUUAUGAAUGAUAUAGGCAAUGUGUAUAGACUAGCUGUAUAAAAUGUGAAUGAAGAUGAAUCCUUGAAAUAGAAAUGAAUUGUUUUCCCUCCA